AUGAGGGAGAGCCAGGGGCAGAAGCCCCUCCUGGUUCUACUCUUUCUGCUCCUUUCCAGAGAUGCUUCAGCUGCUCCAGAACCGCAGUACCUGGUGCUGGUUCCUUCACAACUUUAUACUGGAGUUGCCGAGAAGGCCUGUGUCAUGCUCAGUCACAUGAAUGAGACAGUGACACUGAAUGUGGUUCUGGAGUAUGGAUUACAGAGUGGAAACCUUCUCACAGACCUGGUGACAAAGAAGAACUCUUUCUACUGCACCCCUUUCAUUAUUCCAGACAUGGCAAUUUCCUCGGCAAUAAUUUCUGUGCAUGUGAGAGGUGCAACCCAGAACUUUGUUGAAAAGAACCCAAUGAAGAUAACAAAAGCAGAGAGCCUAGACUUUGUCCAGACAGACAAACCCAUUUAUAAACCAGGACAAACAGUGAAAUUUCGCAUUGUUUCUGUGGAUUUCAAUUUUCGACCUCUGAUGGAAACGUUUCUGGUGGUUUACAUUGAGGAUCCCAAGAAAAACCGAAUUUUCCAAAGGCAAAACCUUACAUUGCAACGUGGCCUCAUGCAGCUCUCUUUUCCCCUCUCAGAGGAGCCCAUUUUGGGUUCCUACAAGGUCAUUCUGCAAAAGGCAUCAGGGAAGAAAACUGAGCACUCUUUUGAGGUGGAUGAAUAUGUUCUACCCAAAUUUGAGGUCCAAGUGAAAAUGCCCAAGAUUAUUGGCUUUCUAGAUGAGGAAUUUAACAUUACAGUCUGUGGUCUAUACACAUAUGGAAAACCUGUCUCUGGUCUGGUCACAAUUAAGGCAUGCCGAAAAUAUCAACGAUUUUAUUAUUCCCCUUGCCAGAAUAAACAUCCAACAGCUAUCUGUGAAGAAUUCACUGAACAGGCAGACAAUAAAGGCUGCUUCACACAACUCAUAAGGUCUCAACAACUUCAGCUGGGACAUAAAGGUUAUGAAAUGGCAAUAGAAGUGGAGGGCAGGGUCAGAGAGGAGGGAACAGAAUUGGAACUAACUGGGUUUGGAUCCUCUGAAGUCACAAAUACCUUAAGCAAAUUGAAAUUUACUAAAGUUGACUCACAUUAUAGACGUGGGCUUCCUUUCUUUGGGCAGGUUCUUCUGGUUGAUGAGAAGGACCAGCCAAUCCCCAAUAAAACUGUGCAGGUAACUGUGGAUUAUAGACCAAGUCCCCACCACUAUACUACCAAUGAGCACGGCCUGGUGGACAUUCACAUGGAUACCACCAACUUCACAUCUUCUUCAGUACUUAUCACAGUCACUUACAAGCCUUUAGACAACUGUAUGGAGAUGCUGUGGCUUGAGGAGAAUCAUAUACCAGCCCAGCACACGGCAAGGCGUGUUUUCUCCCCAAGCAAUAGUUUUGUUCACCUUGAAACUAUUGCUGAUCCUCUCACCUGUGGACAAGCCCAGGAAAUCCGGACACACUACAUCCUAAAUGAACAGACUCUGAAGGAUGAAAAAGAGUUAACCUUCUACUAUUUGAUCAAAGCUAAAGGAAUCAUCUCCCAAUCCGGAACACACGUGCUGCCCAUCACACAAGGAAACAUGAAAGGGGUAUUUUCUUUCUCCAUCCAAGUGGGAUUAGACAUUGCUCCUAAAGCAACUUUGCUUAUUUAUACUGUUCUACCUGAUGGAGAAAUGAUCGCAGAUACUCUGAAACUUGAUAUUGAAAAGUGUUUUGCCAAUAAGGUGGAUGUGAGUUUCUCCUCAGCCCAGGGCCUGCCAACCUCAGACACCAAACUUAAGGUCACUGGCUCCCCUAAUUCCCUCUGUGCCCUUCGUGCAGUAGACCAGAGUGUCCUUCUGAUGAAGCCUGAAGCCGAGCUCUCACCUCAAUCAGUCUAUAAUUUGUUACCUGUGGAAGAUAUCCCUUACCCUGUACCCAGGGAUCCUGCAAUUCUCAAUAAUGAAAACUGCAUCGUUGCAGAGGACAUAAAUCACAAUGGAAUCAUUUACAUGCCGAAGCAGAUCCUGGAUGAAGACGAUGUUCACACCCUCAUUGAGUUUUCUGGAUUCAAUAUUUUUACCAACUCAAAAAUAUACAAGCCGCGUUUUUGUCAGUCACCUCAAGGAGGAUUCUUUGAUCCACGACCCAUACCGAUGAUGGGUCGAUUGCCUGUCCCAGGACCUCCUGGGCCACCCAUAGCUUCCGGGGCGUCACCAGGAGCACCGAUGCUACCAGGAGCAAUGGGAUUUGGUGCUGCAGGUAUGGCAGCACCUGCUCCAGUGAUGAGUACAGGAAGAAUCCCUCCACCCACCUUAGAAAUGAAAAAGAAAGAGACAAUCCGGAAGUAUUUCCCUGAGACCUGGAUCUGGGACUUGGUGGUACUUGAUGUAUCAGGCAGCAGUGAGCUGAAAAUGAAAAUCCCUGACACCAUCACAGAGUGGAAGGCCAGUGCACUCUGCUUGUCGGGAACGGCAGGGCUGGGCCUCUCCCCCAUCGCCUCUCUCCAAGCCUUCCAGCCCUUCUUCCUAGACCUCACUCUGCCCUACUCUGUGGUUCGAGGAGAAGCCUUCAUACUCAAAGCCACUGUGUUCAAUUAUUUGUCCCAAUGCAUCCGGAUUAGCAUGCAGCUGGAGGACUCUCCUGCCUUCUCGGCUGUCCCAACAGAGAAGAAUGAAACCUCUCACUGUGUCUGUGGAAAUGGGCAGAAAACGGUGUCCUGGGCUGUGACCCCAAAGUCACUGGGAAAGGUGAACUUCACAGCCAGUGCAGAAGCCUUGCAGUCUCAGGAGCUGUGUGACGGUGAGGCGCCCCAGGUUCUAGAAGUUGGAUGGAAGGACACUGUGGUCAAGCCCUUAUUAGUUGAGCCUGAAGGAAUAGAAAGGGAAGAAUCUUUCAACACCAUGCUCUGUGCUGCACAAAACACAGUGACUGAUACGUUGUCAUUAAAAGUUCCUUCAAAUGUGGUUGAAGGAUCCGCCAGGGCGACAUACUCAGUUUUGGGGGAUAUGCUCGGAUCUGCAGUGACAAAUCUUCAGAACCUUCUCCAGAUGCCCUUUGGUUGUGGAGAGCAGAAUAUGGUUCUUUUUGUCCCUAACAUUUAUGUCCUAAACUAUCUGACUCAGACAGGACAAUUGACAGAGAAGAUCAAGGCCAAAGCCACAAGUCACCUUGUCAGUGGAUACCAAAGGCAACUGAAUUACAAGCACAGUGAUGGUUCAUACAGUGCCUUUGGAGAGGAGAAUGGCAGAAGUCAGGGAAAUACCUGGCUCACCGCCUUUGUGCUCAAGUCCUUCGUCCAAGCCCAGGCCUACAUCUUUGUGGAGAGUUCACACAUCACCAGCGCCUUUACAUGGCUCUCACAAAAGCAAAAGGCCAAUGGUUGCUUCCAACGCUCUGGAUCACUGUUACAUAAUGCCAUGAAGGGUGGUGUGGAUGAUGAGGUCACGCUCUCUGCCUACAUCACCAUUGCUCUGCUGGAGAUGCCACUGCCUGUCACUCACCCAGUUGUCCGCAAUGCUCUUUUCUGCUUGGAAACAACCUGGAGGUCAAUCUCAAAUAACCGAGGGAAUCAUAUCUAUACCAAGGCAUUAUUGGCCUAUGCCUUUGCACUAGCAGGAAACCAGAUGAGGCGAAAUGAGCUCCUUCAGUCCUUAGAGAGACAGGCUGUGACAGAUGAAGACUCAAUCCACUGGGAACGUCCUGGCAAGCCUCAAGAAUCAAGACCGCUCUAUUAUGAACCCCGGGCUCCGUCUGUUGACGUAGAGAUGACCUCUUACUUGCUGCUUGCCUACCUUACCGUCCAGCCUGCCCCAUCAAUGAGAGACCUGACCGUAGCUUUACGUAUUGUGAAAUGGAUCAUCAAGCAACAAAAUCCCCAUGGGGGCUUCUCCUCCACUCAGGAUACUGUGGUAGCUCUUCAAGCCCUUUCCAAAUAUGGGGCAGCAGUUUAUGCUACCGGGGAGAAAGAUGUCACCGUGACGGUCAAGAAUUCCAGGUCCUUCUCUAAAAAACUCCAAGUAAACAAAGCCAACCGCCUUUUGCUGCAGCAGGUUCAGUUGCCAGAGAUUCCGGGGGAAUACAGAACAGCGGUGUCGGGAACAGGAUGUGUGUACCUCCAGAGAUCACUGAGAUAUAACAUCUUACCUAAGAAAGAAGGAAAUGGUCCCUUCACGCUCAUGGUUGAUACAGUCCCUAAGAAUUGUGAUGGACUAGAGGCCCACAAGAAAAUUCAGAUUCAUAUCAACAUUAGCUACACUGGGAAACAGCCCAGCUCCAACAUGGUUAUUGUUGAUGUGAAGAUGGUAUCAGGAUUCAUACCUGUGAAAGCAUCUGUGAAAAAGCUGCAAGAAAUGCCUCAAAUUCAAAGGACUGAAGUGAACACCAACCACGUCCUGAUUUAUUUUGAAAAGUUAACCAGUGAAGUCUUGAGUUUCUCCUUCUCAGUGGAACAAGAUAUUCAAGUAGAGAACUUGAAGCCAGCUACUGUAAAAGCCUAUGAUUACUAUGAGACAGAUGAAAUCACCAUUAAGGAGUACACUGUUCCUUGUACUUCCGGAACUAAAGAAAUAAGUGCUUGAAAAUGCAAACUUUCACCAGAUGACUGUCUCUAACAAUGAAGAUUAAGGGCUUACUGAGAGGAAAAAAUACUGCAUGAAAGAAGGGAUAGGAAUUUGGAAUAAACUUGUGUGUGCAAUAUUUGCAAUAAUCUCUUCUAUUAGUUAUUAGUGCCAUGUACAAUCUGAAAUAUGUUUAUUAUGUAUAUAUUCUCCAUUAACUUUUUUAAAAAAUACUUAGAAAUACAUAUUCAGAAACAUUAUAGGUGAAAUUUUAAUUUUAAAGAACCAUCAUCAUACUCAAUUAAAAUACUAUUUCGCCCAUUCAUUGACCAAGUUUACUCACUCAUUCUCCUUUUGUUUUCAAAUUAAAACUAGUAAAUGAACAGGUUCUAAAUGACUAGGCCAAGGAAAAGGUGAUACUUUUAUGAUUAUUCUGAGUAUUUCUGUAUUUCUAGUUUAUUAAUAAAGCUGUCUUCUUCCAUAACUUAAAGCAAUCCAAAAAGCUUAAAAUGGUAUAAGUCUAGUUUUUCACUUUAAGUGCUCUGUCACAACUCCCUAUAAUAGAGAGUGGUUGGGGGAGGAAGGGUGGCGAGAAGGUAGAGAAACCGGGGACACUGGUGGUAGAAAAUGUAUGUUGGUGAAGGAACGGAUGUUGGAACAUUGUAUGAGUGAAACCCAGUCAUAAACAACUUUGUAACAGUGGUUCAAUAAAUUUUUAAAAUUUUUUUUAAAUCUUUCUACCAUCAAAAUUCUCCAGCAAUAUUUAUCUUGU